UGUGCCUGUAAACGUACAUGUUCGAUCACAAUAAAACUACAGUUCCCUAUAUGCUAGGGUGUCACGUCAUAACCAAUUGUGAGAACUCACUUCCUGGUGCCAGAUCAACGUGGGAUAAAAAUAAAAACUUCUCUUAGUUGAAUUGGAGUUGCUGUUGGCGAUCAGGAUGAUUGACGUGCGGGCGUGGGCGGAGUACGUGGUGGAGUGGGCGGCUAAGGACCCAUACGGCUUUCUGACGACGGUUAUCCUGGCGCUCACACCCCUCUUCAUCGCAAGCGCCCUGUUGUCGUGGAAACUGGCCAAAAUGAUUGAGGCACGUGACCGCGAGCAGAAGAAAAAGCAGAAACGCCAGGAGAACAUCGCCAAAGCCAAGAGGACCAAGAAAGACUGAGCCGUAAGAGGGAGAGCGGGAUCAGGAGAGAAGAGUAGCUACAGUACACAGCUAUGCUCAACGCUCUCUUUACUUGCCACACCUCCACCCCUCGUCUCUUCAGCCCAGCGCAGGUCCCCAACCUAUUACUCUUGUCCAGUGUAGGAGGGAUGUAGGCCCUACAUGGAGGCCUUACAGCGCUGAGGGAACGGUAUAGACCGGGGAGGCUCAUUCGAUGGGACUAUCAUCACAAUGUGGAGAUCCACCCACCGUCUGAGCUUGGUGGUGUUGCAGUACUUUGCAUUCCAUUUGUAACAACUCCACUCCAUGAUUUCAUUAACUAGUAAAAAAAAAAAAAAUAUCCAUUUUAAGUUACUAAUUAAAUAUCAGAAUUAUAUUUCUUGUUUUGAAAUGAAGUUCUGAAUUUCAAAAAAACUGUUUUCUCCUUCCAAGUCAUAACUCUCCCCUAACCCUGCCUGAAUGAUGCUUAAUUGAAAAGUUUGAGUUCCUGCCUGACUAGAUGCAGUGCAUCAACCAAUGGUUGCAUGCCAUGUCAAUUGUUCAGUCGGGCAUAGAUGGAUAGCUAUAUCAUGUGUUUUGCUUAUAAACACCUAUCCAAGUGAUUUGACAUCUGGCAGGAACUCGACCAAGAAGUGAGUCAGGCAAUUUUCAUACAUGGGUUUUAUUCAGUGUUUUUAAAAUCUAGACAAUGUAACACACACUUCUUGUAAAGGGACGUCUACUCCUGAGACCGGCAACCAUCUUGUGAGCCGUGCGAUAUCCUUUCCUUCAUUUAAUAAAAAUAAAAUAAUUGUUUAAAA